AUGCAGUUGUUGCGGAGUUUUGUAUUUUCGUUCCUGGCAGCUACGGCUGUAGCUCGUCCUGGUAGUGGUGGUCGACCUGAAGCGGCUAUUCAAGCUCGAGGUGCCAAGUAUGCGCUGAAAGAGCCGCCGUUGACUACCCCUUGGACGGAUAAAGUGGGCGUUGAUCCAUGGCCUGAGUAUCCGCGGCCGCAGAUGCAGAGAUCCCAGUGGCAGAACUUGAAUGGCGUUUGGCAGUAUCAGAAUGCAUCAAGUCUGAGUGCGGUGCAGAACCCGCCGUUUGGUCAGGAUCUUGGACAAGAGGUGCUUAUUCCGUCUUGUUUGGAGAGCGGGCUGUCUGGGAUCCAGGGGAGCUAUACCCUUUACUCGUGGUUUUCAACCUCUUUCCAGGUUCCUUCCGAGUGGAAGGGUGAUAAUCUUCUUCUCAACUUUGGAGCUGUCGAUUAUGAAGCGACUGUGUUUGUCAAUGGCAAAAAGGCCGGUUUCCACCGCGGAGGAUACUUCCGCUUCACUCUGGACGUGACGCAGUACCUGAAAGAGGGCCAGGAAAACGAACUACUGGUGUUUGUACAUGACCCGACUGACGAUGGCGAUUAUGUUAUUCCCAUUGGUAAACAGACUCUUCGCCCGAGUCACAUCUUCUAUACGCCCUGUAGUGGAAUCUGGCAAAGUGUUUUCAUUGAGCCUGUUCAAGCGAACCAUAUCACCGGAGUCGACCUGGAUGGUAACAUGGAUGGUCAAGUGAAUGUGACUGUCCACACGACCAACAUGAACGUCACCACCAAUGUGCAAGUUACUGUGCACGAGAAUGGAGAUGUUGUGGCGACUCACAGCGGUCCUUCAAACCAACCAUUCCAGUUCAAAGUCGACUCACCCAAGUUGUGGUCUCCUAGCUCUCCCAACCUGUACAACGUUACCGUCAAAAUGGGCAAAGAUCUAGUGCAGAGUUAUACUGGAUUCCGAACCAUUUCUAAAGGCACCGUAGACGGUGUCGUUCGGCCGCUGCUAAACGGCGAGUUCAUCUUCAUGUUUGGCACCCUCGAUCAGGGCUUCUGGCCCGAUGGUAUCUACACACCUCCCACAAAGGAAGCCAUGGUGUAUGAUCUGCAGGUGCUGAAGAGUCUUGGAUUUAACAUGGUCCGCAAGCAUAUCAAAGUCGAGAACGAGCUGUUCUACCAAGCAUGCGACGAGCUCGGUCUUCUGGUAAUUCAGGACAUGCCAGCCCUGCGUCCCUCGCAGAGCAAGACCCUGGCAAAUUGUGCCACCGAGGCCAUUCUGCCGGACCCCGCGCAGCAGAAAGAGUUUACACGUCAGCUGGAGCUGUUGAUCAACCAGCACAAGAGUUUCCCCAGUAUCGCAACAUGGGUUAUCUACAACGAGGGCUGGGGCCAAAUUACUACUUAUUACCCUGAAUUUGAACUUACCGAGCUGGUAAAGCAGCUGGAUCCCACUCGGCUUAUCGAUUCGACCACUGGUUGGUACGAUCACGGCGCCGGUGACUUUAGCGAUAACCACCACUACGCCAAUCCCCAAUGCGGCACUCCCUUCUAUUCCAUCAACUCAAGCCCCUAUGACGAGACCCGAAUUGGUUUCCAGGGUGAGUUCGGUGGUCUCGGAAAUAAUGUCUCGAUCGAGCACCUCUGGAACAACCAAGCUGCUAUCAAUACCAUCAACCAGACCUAUGAAAUCGAUACGACUAUCGAUGCCUGGAACUACCGAAGCCACCUUCUGCUUAGUGAGUUGGAGGACCAAGUGAAGCGCUUCGCGUGCAGCGGUGGCGUCUGGACCCAGACUACUGAUGUCGAGGGUGAAGUGAACGGCUUGAUGACCUACGACCGCCGUCUCAAGCGUGUGGACGAGGACCAAUGGAAGUCUGACAUUCAGGCACUAUACAAGGCGGCGUCUGGGCGCAGGAAUGCUACCAUGUCGAGCCUCUAA